UCGAUGCUUGCAUUUUAUUUUUGUUUUUCGUUGAUGUUGUGAGUGAUUGCUAUUCGUUGAAGUACGUAUUUCCGGUGAGAUAUUCUUCAUUGUUUUUAAUCUGGAAAAUGUCCGGUGGUUUAUCGGCUAGCGGGACAACCGACUAGGGAUCAACUUUUCUGUAACAAUUGUUGGCAGUUUGUUUGGGAUCAUCAUUCUGCCGGUUGGUGCUUUGCUUGGUGAUGAGUCUUCAUGAUGAGCUUUCCUUCAUAGUAAAUGGGAGAACGGACUUUCCAUGGAUGAUUCUCAAAUUCUUAGUUCGGUUCCAUUUCCCGUCAUCCAUUGCGCUGCUAUAGCAAGUAAUGACGCCGGCCCUUAUGCUUCCAACCAUGAGAGCCCUUGUGAUUGCUUUAUGUAAACCUCAAGCUGUGAAACACGAGAUAUUUGGCCUGAACCAAUUUGCUCCAAGGUUUUCUCUCAGGACUUGAGACCGCUGCUUAUCGCAUCAUACUAAGAAGAGACAAAUCCAUAUCAAAUACUCGAUGUACUCUUUAGGCCUUUAGGUUUAUUACAAGCAUAACACCCGUUGAGUAAAUUCUGCUUUCCCAAAGUAACUUGGAUACAAUCACGUAGAUAUCUUGAUCACCUUUGGCCAUCUUGAUGGUUUGAAACAGAUCAUCCGUUUUUUCACAAAGAAUAUCUCUAGUUUUGGAGUAUCAUUUUGGUCCUUAAUACCAAGUAUUGCUUCUUCCUUCUGAUGUAAAUAUGCAAGUGCCCCAUGUAGAUGUCUUGAGUAGUUUUGGUCAUCUUGAAAGAAGCUGACAGACCAGUUAUUUACCAAAUGGUAUCUCUAAUUUUGGAGUUCUUAGUUGGUCCUUAAAUAUCAUGUGUUGCAUCUUACUUUUGAAUUUUGAUAUAAAUCUGCAAGUUCCCAUUUACCAAUGUAAUCCAUGCUACUUUGUUCUCUGGGAUGCUGGUUAUGGUUCAUCUUUUACAUUUCAUGUCUGCAUAUAUCUGCAGCAUUUAUUGUGCUGAUCCAUGGGCUUUGUAUACAACAACAAAUAUUUUUUAUUAUUGCAGGUAGUGUCUCUGCACCCAAGCAAGAAGAAGUAAAGCGUCUUCCUGGUGGUAAAAUCAAGAAAAAGGAGAAGCAAGAAAUCAUCAUUGAGAAAGUGGUUCGUAACAAACGGAAAUGUGUGACGAUUGUGAAAGGCCUUGAGCUCUUUGGUGUCAAACUGAGUGAUGCUUCAAAGAAACUUGGGAAAAAGUUUGCUACUGGAGCCUCUGUUGUUAAGGGGCCAACUGAAAAGGACCAAAUUGACGUCCAAGGAGAUAUAUCCUAUGAUAUUGUUGAGUUCAUAACUGAGACGUGGCCAGAUGUUCCAGAAACUGCAAUUUAUUUUAUUGAAGAUGGGAAAAAGGUUCCUGCUGCUUGAUUACUCUAUUGCAUGCAUGGUGGUGGGUGAGAGUUACACCGUUCAGAUAUUUCUCCUAAACAAGGGAGGGGAUAUGUUCAAUUUUGUGCUGUUGCGACAUGUUACAACAGAGGUGGUUUCGGACUUCUGUGAUGCCUGCCUAUCUCUGUAACUAUACUUUUCACUGCCAUUGUAGAUUAAUGAGCUAUCUCCCCUUUUCUUAUGUCAUAGUUAUAGAUAACUCUUUGUGUAGUGCUCAGGCAUGCCAGUGUCUAGCACAAGUUCUUGCACUACAGUUUCGAGAAAAGCCAACAAUUUCAUCUCUAAA